AUGUCGUCAGUUACAGCCAAAUAUUUACCGAUGAUUGAUAUCGGCAUCAACCUUGUGGAUGGUAUGUUUUCUGGCGUGUAUCACGGCCACGUGAAGCACCCCGGUGACGUUGAGUCCGUGCUCGCUCGUGCGGUCGCGGUGGGUGUAAAAUGUCUUCUUAUUACUGCUGGCACGGUAGAAGAAAGCAAAAGCGCCAUUGAAUUGUGCAGAAAAUAUAACAGUGAUGGGCUGCAAUGUUUCUGCACCGUUGGGUGUCACCCAACACGCUGCAAUGAGUUUGCUAACGAACCAGAGAAUUAUUUCAACGUCCUUCGCUCCCUCAUAUUUGAGAACACCGUGCGAAAGGAAGGUGGAUGUGUAGCUGCGGUUGGGGAGUUGGGAUUAGACUACGACCGGGUUUCCUUCUGCGAGAAGGAUGUCCAGAUGACCUACUUCGUUAAACAGUUAGAACUUGCAGAAGAAUUCCAACUACCACUCUUUAUUCACGACCGCAAUACGGGCGACGACUUAUUCACAGUUUUGCAACGACACCGCCAGCGCUUCCCCGGAGGGGUCGUACACAGUUUUACGGGCACGCAAGGGGAGCUUAACAAGUUACUUUCACUCGACUUAUACAUUGGUAUUAACGGAUGUAGUCUCAAGACGGAGGAAAACCUCGCCGUUGCUGGUGCCGUUCCACUUGACAGGCUCAUGAUUGAAACCGAUGGACCCUGGUGCGAAAUAAGAAAUACGCACGCCUCGCAUCGGCUACUGCAACGCGCGGCGGAAAGGGGCGAAAGUGUGGCCGACUCGUUGCUUGCUCAGUUUCCGAUAUGCCGCAAGGAAAAGUUUGUCGACGGGUCUGUGGUGAAAUCUCGGUGCGAGCCAUGCCAUUUGAUACGCGUCUUGGAGAUUCUUUAUGAACUCCAUCGCGAGAGCGUGGAGAAUAUUGAGAGCCUCGCGCACCGCAUAUAUAACAACACGCGUCAACUUUUUCCUUUUCGACCGUGUCACCCAGAUGGGUAA